GCGGGACUUUCAGUGAGAUGUCGCGUGUUACCCUGGUCGCAUGUUUUCAAAAAAUCGCUCACAUAAGAGUUGCUGACAGCCAAUGAUUUGUAAACUACCGAGCCAUAUUCUGACGUCGGUAGUUAAUACCAAACCAUUUACCAUCGUCAGGGGACUGCGUCGAUCGCGAAUUCGGGAUUGCAAAAUGGCUACUACUAGUACUACCACCACCACUACCUUGCCAUCGAUGAGAAAGGUCGGUAUUCUGGGCGGCACGCAUGGAAACGAGUUAUCGGGUGUGUACCUAGUGAAGCAGUGGUUGAAAAAUAAAGCCGCGGUAACGAGAAAAAACUUUGAAACAACAGUCUGUUUAAGUAACCCACGCGCAGUUGAGAAGUGUGUGCGGUACAUUGACACAGACCUCAACAGGGUGUUCACUGAAGACAAUCUAAGGUCCAGCCAAGAAGACAGUAAUAAUAUGUAUGAAAUUAACCGUGGCAGGGAACUACAUGCAAUCUUUGGACCAAAGCAUUCUGAUGCAGCAUAUGAUUUCCUAGUGGAUCUACACAACACCACGUCAAAUAUGCAAAAUUCUUUAAUGAUACACAAUACUCAGGAUCCCUUUGUUGUUCAGUUAGUACGUUAUAUAGUUGACAAAUUGAAACAUUUAGAGUCUAAUUAUGUAUUCAUAACAGGGAACGCUUAUCAAACAACUCGCACCGUGGCAAAACACGGCUUAGGGAUUGAAAUAGGACCGCAAUCUCACGGGUCACUUAUAGCCGAUGUAUACCAGAAGAUGGAGACUAUUACUUUACACACACUGGAUUUCAUAGAAAAAUUCAAUGAAGGUGAAGUAUUCAAUGCUUGUACUAUCGAGGCAUAUGAUAUCAUCGAUAAAAUUGACUUCCCACGAGACAAAGACGGUGAAAUCUGUGCGAUGAUACAUCCUGCGUUUCAAUUUAAAGACUGGACUCCUUUGAAACCAGGAGACAACAUUUUUGUAACAUUCAAAGGGGAGACGAUCAGUUACCAGGGAGACAAAACUGUGUAUCCUGCCUUCAUCAAUGAAGCGUCUUACUAUGAAAAAGGCAUUGCAUUCUGGGUAAUGAAGAAGGUUGAGCUUUCGGCUCCAACUCUCCAAAUGAAACGUGAUUGA